AUGAGUCAAACACAGGAGAAGGAGGAAGACCCCACCCUGGACCAGCUCAUCCAUGGCUGCAUCCAGAGCCGGUGGUCUCUGUUCUACUCAGCCGCUGACACAUCCUACCCCAGAGGCAGCCGCAUUGCAGCCCUGCAUCCCCACGGCCCGCGUCCGCCCCAGAGACAGCUGCAACCCCCUCCCGCCCCCAGGUACUGGAUUUCCGCCUUCCCGGCGGAGUUCGACCUGAACCAGGACCUGGCCCAGCAGAUCAAGGAGCUGAAGGCAGCCCUGGCCCAGGAUGGCAACCGUCGCCAUAGCAACCUGAUUGACAUCGAGAACGUGCCACGGCAGCAGUGGCGCCGGCAGCUGACCCAGCGUAACCCUGCGGCUCCCAAGCGCAAGACCUCCCUGCUGCUGGACCACCUGGAGCCGCCCGAGCUGGCCGCGCACCUCACCCUGCUGGAGCACCGCGCCUUCGGUCGCAUCCUGGACUACCACAGUUUCGUGACGCAUGGGGCCACAGUGGACAACCCGGUGCUAGAGCGCUUCAUCGCCCUCUUCAACGGCGUCUCGCGCUGGGUCCAGCUGCUGGUGCUGAGCCAGCCCAGUGCCCCCCAGCGUGCCCGCGUGCUCGCCCGCUUCGUGUGCGUCGCCCAGCACCUGCUGGAGCUGCAGAACUUCAACACGCUGAUGGCCAUGGUCGGGGGCCUGAGCCACAGCUCCAUCUCCCGCCUCAAGGAGACGCACGCCCAUGUCGGCUCUGAGACCACCAAGCUGUGGGAGUCGCUGACAGCGUUGGUGAGUUCAGAGGGCAACUAUGGGCAGUACCGGCGGCACCUGAGCCGCAGCGUGGGCUUCCGGCUGCCGGCACUGGGCGUGCACCUCAAGGACCUGGUGGCCGUGCACCUGGCACUGCCCGACUGGCGCGACGCCGCCCACACCCGCCCCCACGCGCCCAAGAUGCGCCAGCUCUUUGCCAUCCUCGACCAACUGGCACUGGUGCCUGGGCUGCAGCCACCCUGCACCGCCGACCCUGACCUGCUCAACCUGCUCGCGGUGUCGCUGGACCAGUACCAGACUGACGACGAGAUCUACCAGCUCUCGCUGCAGAGGGAGCCCCGCAGCAAGUCGGCCGUGAGUCCAUCCAGCCCCACGUGCACCGCCCGCCCGCCCGAGCUGGACGAGUGGGCGCUGGCCGCCAAGCCCAAGCCCAACCCGGCGCUCGUGCGAGAGCACAUUGAGAAGAUGGUGGAGUCGGUGUUCAGGAACUUCGACGUGGACGGCGACGGGCGCAUCUCGCAGGCCGAGUUCAGCAUCAUCCGCAGCAAUUUCCCGCAUCUCUGCCAGUUCGGGGACGUGGAUGAGAACCAGGACGGCUGGAUCACCCGGGACGAGAUGGUCUCCUACUUCCUCAAGUUCAGCGCGGACGUGGACGGCAGGAUGGGCUUCGUGCACACCUUCGCCGAGAGCAGCUUCCUGCGGCCCGUCGCCUGCCGCCACUGCAAGAGCCUGAUUUUGGGGAUCUACAAGCAGGGGCUGAAGUGCCGGGCCUGCGGCGUGAGCUGCCACCGGCAGUGCCGGGACCGGCUGCACGUCGAGUGCCGCAAACGGGCCAAGAGCUUCAACCUGGACGGGCCGAGCCCCCCGCCCCUGCGCUCCUUCAGCUUCUCCCUGCCCCGGCCCAACCGGCACCCCCCAGAGAUCCCGGAGGUGGAGGUCCAGGCUUUGGAGGACGGCGUCUUCGAUGUGCACCUCUGACCCAGAGACGCAGGUCUUCUUCACCCCCAGCUCAGACCCUCAUCUUCCUCCUCCUCCUCCCCCCACACUGGAGACCCCCCUCAACAAAGCCCUGGUGACAACAGAGACCCCCUGGGGGGCACCCGCAUGGAGGAGCAGCCCCCAUCCUGGGUGGGGAAGGGCUGGGAGCCUGGACACCUGGGUCCCUCCCGGCAUUGGGAGCGAGGACUCCUGGGUUCCUUCAGGGGAGCGGGGGAGUCUGAUGUGACCUCCCCCCUUGGCAUCUGGGGGGGCGCCUGCCACUGUACAGGUCCUGCUGUGAAUAGUCUCAGAGUCCCAGUAAAGUGCCCGCGGGCCCCAGUG